AUGCCACUAGAUGGAGGGUUCUGCAGUUGCAAGGAGUGCGAAUCGUGCGCAAUCCAAUUUGAUACUGUCGCAAGUCCACAAAGAGAGAAUACAAUUGCUGGCAAGAACAACACGGUACAAUCGUCUAAACUUAAAAAGAAUGCACCAAUUUCCCAUCCACAGCAAGUUCUAAAUCCACCACCAGCGCCAGGAAGAUUGUUGUCGGCUCCAAAUCGCAUCGUCCAAGUCCCACCAACCGUGCAGCUCCCAUUUGCGUCUCCUCCAUUCUUGAAUCUACCACAAGUCGGGAUCAAUCUUCAGAAUGCUGCCUUUAUGACAUUGGAAGAACUUUGUCAAUCAAUCUUGCUAAGAAUUUUCCCGAUGAAACAAGCGCGUUAA